CGGUGUGGAUCGCUAUUUCGUAUCUGUCACCGGCAGGACAGGAUUGGAAAACUUUAGUAUUUUCUUGUGACAGUUUUUCUAAACUUUGCUACUCGGAUUUUUACAACUUUAUCACUUAUACUUUUUCUGUUUAGAUAGCAGCAUAUUGCAUCAAAAUGUCGGAAAAGGCAAAAUUAAGGAUGAGUAGCAGUGGUCCGAUCGUCAUCAAUAGGGUCUCAAGGAAGUCCAUGGGUGGUAGAAGUAUGAACAUGGGCAUGCCAGGUAUGAUGAUGAACGCCCGGAUGUCCAUGGGUGGACGAGUGAAUCCAGGAUCAGCAACUUCACAAACAAGCGAACACAUUCAGGUAGUCAAAGAUAGAAACGAUUUGGAAAAGAAAGCUUUCCAAGAAUGCAACAUGAAGCUAGCGAAAAAAGUGGAGAAGGAGAAGUUUCUCGUUGCCCAGAACAAGAUUCUUGCCCAAGAACUGGAAAUGCUUAGAGGAAAAAAGAAUUUGGACCGCACUGAUCUUGAAAAAGAGUGUCUGGAUGAGAUAGAACAGUACAAGGAACAAUUGGCAGAGCUAAAUAAGGAGAAAGCCGAGUACUGCUCAAAAAAUGCCAACCUGGACGAUCAAGUUCAAGACCUCAAGAGCUCAAACAUGACAUUGGAAUCUGAGCUUCAAAAUCUGAGAAAGCAGAUCGAUCGUUUGAAUAACCAGGUUGGGGAACUGGAAGGAGAGAACGGGGGACAGAGACGUGCGAUUGAAUCGGCUGAGGAUGAAAUUAAACGACUCAGGAUGGAUAUUGAUGAUCACAAGAUGAAAUUGGAAGACGCACGAAAUAACUUAGAGGAUGAAUGCAAGCUGCGCAUUGAGGCAGAGUGCGCCAGAAACUUAUCUAUCGAUGAGCAUGAAUUCAUGAUCUCACUGUUAGAAAAGGAGAUCGAAGAGUUGAAAAAACUGAUGAAUAACGAUGUCGGACAGCUUGACAUCAAAAACAUGUGGAAGGGGGAGAUAACCUCAUGCAUCAAGUCACUGCAAGAAGACAACGAAAGAGAGCUAGCCAAGAUCAAGGCCGAUUACCAAGCUAGAUAUGAACUGCAGGCUCAACAACUGGCCUCUAAUAACAUGAGAGAUAAUGCAUCCAUGGCCAAGCUUGAAUCGGAGAUCACGAGACUGAAGAACAAGCAUAGCGACCAAGGACCUAUGAUCGCAGAACUGACUGCUAAGUUGAACAAUGCACUUGCUGAAAAAGAUAAACUGCGUGAGGAACUCGAUGAAAUAAUGGAUAGGCUGGAAAUGGAAAAGGCUGAGCAUAUGAAGGACGUACACGGCCUUCAGGAUGAACUGCACAUUCUUAUGGAGAAAUUCAGAGACUUACAGGAUGCCAAGUUGACCCUUGAGACUGAAAUCAGCACUUACAGGAGGCUGCUGGAAGGCGAGGAAGACAGCAUGAACAGCUUAAUGACCAACGUAUCCGGCGCACGGAGCAAAGGAGCUGACAAACUGAACGAUCUUGUCCAAAAUAGCAGCAGCGGAAGCUUCUACAGUCAAAGUUCGUCAAGCGGUGGAUUUAGAAGUGGAGGUGGAGGUGGAUUUAGAAGUGGAGAAGGAUUUAGAAGUGGAGAUGGAUUUAGAAGUGAAGGAUAUAGCGACGGCAUGGUUGUGGGAGAUGAUUCAACGGCUAUGUCAGGCCAAAGUCAAACCAAAAUGGGCGACGCAAAAGUCUUAAUCAGGAAGAAGUCAUCAGGACCUCUAUGUAUCGACGAAGCACAGGGUGGUGGCGCAUUUGUUACACUUGCCUAUACCACAAAGGAUAAGAAAACAACGCCCAUAAACUUGAUCGGAUGGAAAGUCUGCCGAACCAUGCAAGAAGAUAAGAACCCUUGCUGCACCUAUGAAUUCACAAGUGAUUGUGUCAUGCAUCCAGGUGGAAAAAUUAAGAUUUUUGGUUCAAAUUACGCCAAAGAUGCAAACAAAGGGAAAGGUGAUCUGGUUGCCAACUUCGGAUCAUGGAAAAGUGGAGGCGGAACUUUUAGUUUGAUUGAUGCAAAUAAGGCUGACAAAAGCUCCCUUAUCAUCGAAUUCAGCUAAACAAGCGGAAACGGCAUGCAAACGAAGAACACAAGUGAUAUGUAGGCGUCCGUGACAUGUAGAAGUCGUGACUUGUCUUUAAUGAAGCGACUCACCCUAGUGGCGUUGGCCACCUCUUUGCUUAACCCACGUCACCAUUUGCGCCAUAGUGUACACGGGUUUUAUAUAAUGCUUUUAAUGCUUUGAAAUGGCACCAUGCCAGGUUUUGUAAUCAAUUGGUCACUAGUGUGAAGAGUCUGGGUGGAGCAAACACCUCCAUCAAGGAUACGAGAUCAGCCCAGCGCUGAAAGGCAGAAUUAAUGGAAAUGACUUUAUGUGUUUUCAUAAUAAGAUAUAUACAUUGUUAUGUGUUGAUAUAUCGUAUUUUACAUUUCACCUUCAUAAGUGAGCAAGUUUGUUUUUUUAGAUAAAUUCAUAUUACAUAGACGUAGAUUAGGUAAAGAAUUCCUUUUAUAUAUUAUUUUUUUUGGUAAAAAAAUAUAUGCAUUGUAAAUACGUUGAUAUGAAUAUUUUAUGAGCUCUUAUUGACGGUUGUGAUUUAGUAUAAAAUAUAUGCCGAACCUGUGUUGUGCCAUUAUCCAGUUCGGACAAUGAUACAAUUCUGACAUUCCUAUCAUAGAAAGCAACGAAAGCAUACAUCAAAAAGUACUAUAGAAAUGAAGAUAUUAUGUAAGCAUUUUUGUUUUAGAAAGGUUGUGAUUUUAAAAAGAUGCGAUCAGUUAUUUCGUUUGAUUUUGAAGGAAUCAGCCUUGUCAAAUUAAAUAUUGGAAUAUAUAAACAUCUCUGUGUUUUUAUAACGUGGUUGAGUUAAAACAUUUAUUUGCUUAUUUAAUGUUGUUAUUCAGUUGCUGUGGUGAAAACUGCGGUAGUUGCCUAUCAGACAUUCUUAUAGAGCGAUAUUAUUGUAAAGGUAACGACAAUUUGUCUUCCUGCAUCAAUCAAACAUGUACACUCAAGUGACUUCUAAUCUUCAUAGACAAACGUAUCUAGACUUGUUUGCGGUUAUUCUUUAUAGCAUAUUACUGUAUGUGCAAAUUAUAUUUUAAUAAAUUUUAUCAUGCGUUAUAA